AUGAUGUACAUACUGUGGGAAAAUUUACCAGAGAUUUACCAUCUGUGUGGCUUUUCGUAUCUGUGCCGGACGUGCUGCCCGGCGCCGCAGUUGACAAUGGUGGAUAACGUGAUGUCCGGCCCCUUUGAUAUCAAGGAGAAGCGGCUAGGUAGUGUUGAGCGCCGCCACGACUUGAACUGCUGGGAGCUAAUAGUCAGCAGUUGGCCAGACUUUGUCUCCACACGAACUGAGCCCCAUGCCCUCAGCCAGUCCCUCUCGCCCAUCCCCGCAUCGUGUCCCAUGAUGGAUCUCUAUCUGCAAGCGGACUGAAGAACGACAUUUCCCCCUUGCGGUGGGAAAUGUCUUUUCUCUUCCUGCCCACGACUUUCCGUCAAUCGUUUGACGGGACUUCACAAAGUCAGACC